AUGGAAUUGCCAUCGAAGAUCAUUGACUUUUUUUACCAGUUUGGAACAACCCAAUUUAACGUUCAAAUCAUUGGUCAAGGMCAGGGAAAAGCAACACAAUUUGAUUAUAAUACCUGGAUUCACUUUGCGGUUAGUGGAAAUAAAUCCACUGGUUUGUGGCAUUACGUCAUCGAUGGGAAAAAGAAAACUACUUGGACAAGYAAUGUCUUUCCGUCAAUCACAGGAAAUGAGAGUUUUAUUCUGGGKGUUAAAUCUUCAGACGCAUUGAAAAAGAGSCAAACCCUCCAUGGAUACCUAAAAGAUAUAAUGGUGAUAAACAAGUCAUUGGACAUCAACAAGAUACAAACUAUUGCUUUAACUACAAUCUAUGUUGUAUUUGUUCGGCACAAGCUCAAGCUGAAGAAGGUCGACCAGAAAGACUUUCCGCAGUCGGAGUGUUUGUGUAUCGAUGAGGUUUUAAUUCUGUACGUCCUGUUCGUUUUGCAAGCCUUUAACCUGCAAUCCAUAUUCUGCUGCGAAGUAUAUCGCUUUAUCGAAAGUAAAGGACCGCAGUCUCUUGAAGGUCACGUGAUGAAGACCGUUGUMAAGCCYYUUAAGAAUCUCUGCUGGGGUGAUUGCGUCUGGUUGCCAUGGUGCUUCUCUAUAAAUAUCCACCAAACAAGUGAAGGMAGUUUUGUAUGCGAGUUGAAUAACUCGAGUAAGAAAGCUAAUCCAAACAAGAUUGUGGAGAGAGAAGGGUGGUCUUAUCAUGAAAUGGCGAACGUUAGCGCUCACAUUUGCAACUUCAAUGAAUGCAAGAGAAAAGAAGAUUUGGGCAAUGGAUGGCGUCGCUAUGGAGACACUGCUAUCAAGCUAUUCAAAGAGAAAAAGAACUGGACCGAUGCCCGUAGCCAUUGUCAGUCGUUAGGUGGCGAUCUUCUCUCCAUUACCAACACACACGAAAACGACAUUGCAAACGAAGUCUUUGCGAAGCAACUUAACUUAUCAUACUUYAGAGAAGACUUUCCUGACUUUGGAGCACCCUAUGAAGCCUGGAAAUUGAACCAGCCCAUGCCCACUGUCCAGUUGAAUGGAACACCAGGUGAUGUACUGUAUAGAUACGUGGAUGGACAGACUGCUUUGUAUUUCACUGGUAAACAAGGAUAUGCACAUAUUCCUCUUGUCGAUAUCAAUCCCGAUGGUUUUACCAUCACGUUUUGGCUGAAAGUUUUUCAUGGUACAUCGGGAGGAUGGCUGCAUCCAUUAGUUUUUGUGAACGAGUCAUUCUCGAUGGAUUCGCCCCCGGUGAUCGUUGACUUUUAUUACCAAUUUGGAACAACCCAAUUGGGCGUUUGCAUCAUUGGCCAAAGAGGAAAAGCAACACAUUUUGAAUAUAAUGCCUGGACCCAUUAUGCGGUGAGUGGAAACAAGUCGACUGGUUUGUGGCAUUACGUCAUCGAUGGGAAAAAGAAAACUACUUGGACAAGCAAUGUCUUUCCGUCAAUCACAGGAAAGGGGAAUUUAAUUCUGGGUGUUAAAACUUCAGGAGCAUUGAGAUAUAACCAAACCCUCCAUGGAUACCUAAAAGAUAUAAUGGUGAUAAGCAAGUCAUUGGACAUCAACAAGAUACAAACUAUAACUUUUUGGAAUGAGCACGGUGCGUGGAUUGGUCUUAACGACCAAGAAAACAGCAACCACUUAAGUUGGUCUGAUGGGACCCCUGUUGGAAAGUUCAUGCCUUUCCUGAGAAAGAACCCUAACCUUGCCCUCUCCGGACGAAAGUGCUUUGUCAUUGGUGAAAAUGGUAAAUGGUUGGAUAAAAUGUGCAACAUAAACAAUGAAUUUAUUUGCAAAAAACUCUUGAAGUAAUGACUUAAUAUUGAUGAAAAA